AUGUCUGCAAAAACAGCGACGACAAUCCCGGAGGAGUUCAUCCGCGAAUCGUUCUACACUCGAUUCAUAGUCGCGCCGGUGCUUUUUGUGUCAUUCCUGAUCUCGCUGUUUUUCAUCGACCGCCAAACCGCGGGUGGCAUAUUUGGGCAGUCCAACAGCAAGCAUGCCUACUACCAUUCCCAUCAACGCAAAUUAGCCAAGAAGGAGAUGGACGAGGCGUUCCAAUUGCGACGUAAAGUCAUUUUGGCACUAUGCGUUCUGAGUGCAGUGGUCCUAGCAUUUGUUGCCUGGGGGAUCGAAUGGACCGUGUGGAAGGUCAGAGCUUGA